GAAAGAGAAUGGGAGGGGAAGCAGCUGCUACCAAGUCCAUUUCCAGUCCAGCCUCUGCUGCUUGCUUUCUCACAACGCGCACACAAGCACACACACGCACGUAUUUACUGGUGUUUGGUGGUGGGGCACAUCAACCGGACAACAAAGAGACGCACAGGGGGGGCUCACACGCUGCAGCCAGGACAGCAUCACAUAUCACCGGCGUCCAGUGUCAGGGACAAGCGCACUGAACUCCUUUCUCACAUCUGCUGGGAAUUAAAGCGUCAGUCAGACUGGAGGUGACCGUCACAGAAGCGUUAAUUGCUCGCGUAGACAGUACUGCCGUACUUGUGAGCCUCGGUAGCGAAAUGGAGAUGGAGCAUUUUGACGAGCGGGACAAAGGUCAGAGGCACAGCCGCUCUAGUGCGAAGAUGAACGGUGUGCCGAGUCCCACACACAGCGCCCACUGCAGUCUGUACCGGACCCGGACCCUGAAGACACUGAGUGCGGAGAAGAGAGCCAAGAAAGUCCGCUUCUACCGCAACGGAGACCGGUACUUCAAUGGGAUUGUGUACGCCAUUUCUGCUGACAGGUUCCGGACCUUUGACGCCCUGCUGGCGGACCUGACCCGUUCCCUAUCCGACAAUGUCAACCUGCCUCAGGGCGUCCGGACCAUAUACACCCUGGAUGGGUCAAAGAAAAUCACCAAUAUUGAUCAGCUAGUAGAAGGUGAAAGCUAUGUUUGCAGUUCGACUGAAGCCUACAAAAAGUUGGAUUACACAAAGAACGUGAACCCCAACUGGUCGGUGAACGUCAAGGCUGCGGCGGCAUCGUCCCGCGGGCUUCCGUCUCUGGGGAGCACCAAGGCCACCGCCUCAGAGGGUCGCGAAAACAAGGACUUCAUCCGUCCGAAGCUCGUGACAGUGGUGCGGAGCGGAGUGAAGCCCAGGAAAGCAGUGAGGAUUCUCCUGAACAAGAAAACAGCCCAUUCCUAUGAACAGGUCCUGACCGACAUCACAGACGCCAUAAAGCUCGACUCUGGAGUGGUGAAGAAGAUCUACACGGUGGACGGCAAACGGGUGUCAUGCCUGCAGGACUUCUUUGGUGACGAGGACAUCUUUGUGGCUUGUGGACCAGAGAAGUUCCGCUAUCAAGAUGACUUGAUGCUGGAUGAAAGUGAGAGUCGUGUGAUGAAAUCAUUGACCUAUGGGAGGAUGUCAGGCUCUUUGAACCGAGGCUCCCCCAGAACUGUUGUCCAAUCGCUGCGCAGCAAGUCGCCUGCAUCUGUGAACGGGACGCCGGCCAGUCAGCUGUCAACUCCUCAUUCGGGAAAAUCUCCCAGCCCCUCCCCAACCAGUCCAGGCAGCCUUAGCCGACGCAGGGGGUCCCAGGGUUCUUCCACCUCUCUGUCUUCCACUAAAGGUUCGAGCCCAGUGGAAGACGGUGAUGGACUCGUUCCCGAAGCUGAAGUUCUAGUCGAUGAGGUUCCAGCUGUGCCAUCCUACAUAUCAGACCGUUACAAGGUGGGGCGAAUGUUAGGAGAUGGGAAUUUUGCAGUCGUCCGGGAAUGCAUGGAGCACUCCACAGGACGAGAGUACGCUCUGAAGAUCAUCAACAAGGGCAAAUGCAGAGGCAAGGAGCACAUGAUCCAGAACGAGGUGGCCAUACUUCGCCGGGUCAAACAUCCAAAUAUCGUCUUACUCAUCGAGGAGUUUGACACUUACAAUGAACUCUACCUGGUCAUGGAAUUGGUCAAGGGGGGAGAUCUGUUCGAUGCCAUCACCUCUGCCAACAGAUACACAGAAAGAGACGCCAGCGGCAUGCUCCACAAUCUGGCCAGCGCCAUCAAAUACCUCCACAGCCUCAACAUUGUCCACAGAGACAUCAAACCAGAAAACCUGCUGGUGUACGAACAUGCAGAUGGCAGCAAGAGCCUCAAACUGGGAGACUUUGGUUUGGCGACCGUGGUGGACGGACCCCUCUACACUGUCUGCGGGACCCCAACAUAUGUAGCACCUGAAAUCAUUGCAGAAACAGGGUAUGGUCUUAAGGUUGACAUCUGGGCAGCUGGAGUCAUCACCUACAUCCUCCUGUGUGGUUUCCCACCCUUUCGGGGGAGCAGUGACGAUCAAGAAGUGCUUUUUGAUCAGAUACUAAUGGGACAGCUAGAAUUUCCUCUGCCCUACUGGGACAAUGUGUCAGAGACCGCUAUGGAGCUGAUUCGAUCCAUGCUGGAGGUGGAGGUCGAUAAGAGAUACACUGCCCUCCAGGUGCUGGAGCACCCCUGGGUCACUGACGAGGGUCUGUGCGAGAAUGAACACCAGCUGUCGGUAGCAGGAAAGAUAAAGAAGCACUUCAACACCAGCCCAAAAGGCACUGACACCACUGCAGGAGUGUCAGUCAUUUCUUUGGAUGACAGCUUUUCUAUGCAGAGAUCUGGGUCGUUGGAUUUCUACCAGCACCCGGCCAUGUACUGGAUAAGGCCACCCCUCUUGAUAAGGAGAGGCAGGUUCUCGGACGAGGAUGCCACCCGGAUGUGAAACCACUGCCACUGCAGAUGAUGCCAACUGUGAAUUCAGUAACAACAACAACAACAACAAAAACACUACGGGCGGAGCCCCCCAGUUGCCUCCCUGGCCUGCCCAUGGCCCCUACCUCUCUGACCCCUGACACUUGCUCUGACCCCUCCCCAGACCCCAGACUCCCAUCCGACUCUGAUGACAUCUCCAUCAGCUCAGCCAGCACCGCCUGCUCCCCCAGCUCGCCCUUCUAGAGAGCAGGCGAAGGGGAGUAGGGGGAGGAAGAGGAGGAAGGUGUGCAAAGGAGGAGGCGGCGAGGGAAAAUCCUCAUCCAGCUCCUCCCUCUGCAUGUGGAGGAGGAGGAGGAAGAGGUGUCAACCCCUUUCUCCCAGUAUCUCUGAAAAAAAAAGAAAUAAAAAUAUCAACAGAGAACUUCACACUUCCCUGAAUCCAACUUUCCAAACCUGGAGGAAAGAUGGACCAAGGGGUGGAUAAGAAGACGUUAGAGAGGUUGGGAGAAAGAUUCAAGGGGCAACAAGAAACAGGGAUCGAGAGGAAGAGGGAAAAGCCAGAGUGAGGUGAAAGACUUUUGUUGAUUUCUUUUUAACAUUUUCUCAUCUGAGCACAUGUUGUAGAGCUCAAGGAGCAAGAAAGGGCUUUACCCUUCAGUGAUGAUCCGGGCUCGACAUGGAAACUUCCUCAAGGCGGAACAGCUCUACAAGGCAAUAUGAGAAUAUGGACCAAUGUUCAUGUUUUAUUGAACCUUAUUUAUUCAUACUUUAAUUCACAGCAUUUUUUGAUAUGUAUUUCUCUUUUUCAUAGAAAAAAAAACAAUGUUUUUAUUGACUUCUCCUUAGAGCUUGGUGGAAUUAAAAUAAUGGCAAAGUGCUUAGAAGUAGAGUGCAGAAACGUUUAAGUAGGUGACAGUAGACGUGAUGAAAACACAGCGUUGGAAAGCGAGCUAAAGGGAUUUUAUGGUUUUUUUCAGUUGCAAAAUGUGUUUUAAAAAUGGCUUUGAUGAAAAAAAAAAAAAGAUGAAAUUGUGCUGUGACGCUGUGCUCAACACAGUAUCUGCGCUGCCUUCCCCCAAGUUGGAUUGCAGUCACACAGUUUACAUUUCACACAAACUGCUAUUCUAAGACGACAAUGGUGCGUUUGACUGCUCCUUCUGGUUUUGUUACCUGCUCGGUUCACAACAUCUUGAUACACAAAACUCAGCAGCAUCCUGGUGCUUGUGUAGCAAACUCGACAUCUGAACCCAUUCGUCCUCAAGCCGCACAUUUUCACAGUGAUCAUCACACUAAUUCUUUUUAUAUUUUAUGAACACUAGACACAUGUUUCAUCAACAUGUUCAAGCUAUGGUUGGUGCAGCUCAAGUAUAUGGUUGAUCAGACACGUUUUCAGAUGGAGAAGGCGUACAGUUAACAGUUCACAAGAGGUGCCUAUUUGCACAUUUGCACUGCAGUCUAGGUGCAGUGAGACAUGAUCGAGAGAAUGACAGUAUGGAUGCCAGAGAACCAGCAGUACAGCGAAAAAGGGUGGAGGAGAAUUUAUUUCAGCUCUGUACAACCUCAUUCAUGGCUUCAUUUCUUCAGAUGAAAGCAUGACAGACAUACAGUAGCCUAUUCUUAUAAAAGAAACAGUUUAGUGAUGAAGUAUUGUUUAUAUGUUGUGUAAAUAACAAUUUUAUUUAUUUUGAUAGUUCACAAUACAGUAUAUUUCUUUACUAGUAGUCAGUCUAUGAGAAUUGUACAAUAAUAAUACAAAAAAAUACAACAAAAUCAGUCAUACAUGCGUAUCAGUCAGUCAGCGAAGAAAAAAAUAAUAAACUAGGAGGAGAUCAUCAGAUCGAGGUGAAGCAUUAAGCUUGGGUGAGUUGGAUGGAUCUGUAGUGGAUAUGAAGAAGAGAUCAUCAACUUUGCCUCCCACUGGAAAUGAUGUCACUUCUUUUCUUUGGAAAAGCAGCCAGUAAUAUGGUUUCCCUUAAACUGAUGUGAGAUAAGAGAUGAGAAGACAGAUGAGUGAGAGAAAUACAGAGAAGUGUUAGGUUUUUUUUUGUUUGUUUGUUUUUUGCAGAUGAUCUCCCUGCAGUCGUCACACCAGUCAGACUCUCUGUAUUUAUUCUCAUCAUUGCACAUAUGCGGUAAUGUGCUGCCAUAUUGACCAGAUCAGUAUGAACUUGUGCUCUCCAGCGCACGGACACGUGGUUUACCAAAGUGCUCUCACAGCUGACCCACUGUAUUACAGUCCAUUGCAAUACCAAUACCUGUACCUCUGUUCAACAAUGGUCUAUGACUAUAGUAAUAAUUAAAAUAUGUUUAAAAUCAAA